UAAGUAGUUAUGAUAUUAAAGAAUGUGUCAAUUUUGUGAUAAGUAACGAUAUAUGAGGUCCAUCUAAUACAAGCACAAAUUAUUUCCCUAUUUUUGAAAUGGUUGUGCUUGACGUGUCCAAGGUACUCCCCGGGAACGGUCCUCAAAUUUUGGCUACUGUAACAGGCACUCUAACUGCUAUAUCAGAUGGAAUGCAGUACGGAUGGUCGGCCCCAAUCGUUCCGGUCCUGCAGUCGAGUAGGUCACCGGUGCACAUUACCGAUUCUGACAUCGUGUGGAUAGAAAACACAUACCUUUUGGGAGGUCUGGCCGGAAUACCAUUAACGUUAUAUCUUUUGGACAAAAUCGGACGUAAAAAUACCAUGUUAAUCGCGGCAUUGCAAAAUGUGGUAGCUUGGUUGCUGGUGAUGUUCGCCUCGUCCGUGGAGGUAGUGCUAAUUGGACGUUUUUUAACAGGUGUUGCGGCCGAUACUAACUUUGUCGCGACGCCAGUAUAUAUAGCUGAGAUUUCCGAAAAGAGGAUACGUGGAAGAUUGGGAUCACUUAUACACAUAAUGAUGCUGAUUGGCAUUUUGCUUAUUUACGGAAUUGGGCCGUUUGUGUCAAUUUCGGCGUCAUCCAGCGUAGGAGUGGCCAUAUUGGUUGUGCAACUACUAACUUUCUCGUUCAUGCCUGAAAGCCCUUAUUAUCUUCUGAUGAAGAAUAAAAGAGAGGAAGCGAGAAGAGCGUUACAAAUCUUCCGCUCAUCGCAAGAUGUGGAUGAAGAACUGGAGGAAAUCGCACAAGUUGUCGAGGCGGAAAAUAAAGCACGCAGACGUCCGCUUGAGUUGGUAACCGUUAACAGUAAUCGUAAAGCCUUUGCAAUUUUGACCGUCCUGAGUUUCGCCCAGCAUUACGCUGGGAUUAGCGUCAUGUUAAUGAAUAUUCAUAUUAUUUUCAAAGAUGUCGCCACAAUAAUUCCACCAAGCAGUGCAGCUAUCCUGUUUUCUGCGUGCAUGUUGCUAGCGUGUGUAAUUGCUGCUUUUCUUAUCGACAGCCUUGGACGAAAAGUGCUUCUGUAUUCAUCCAGUUUCUUGACUGGAAUUUUCUUGCUAAUUUUGGCUACGUACUUCGCCAUGAAGGAAAAUAAUAUAAAUGUCAGCGAGUACAACUGGGUGCCAAUAGUAGCGGUCAUGCUGUACGCACUUACAUUUAAAUGCGGUUUGGGGUUAAUACCGAUUGUAAUGACAGCUGAAUUAUACCCAACCAAUCUUAAGGCAUUAGGGUGCACUGCAGCAGACGCCAUGUAUCUAAUUGCCGGAACAUCGUCGAUCUACAUAUUUCACUAUUUACAAAGAAACUGUGGAAUGCACGCGCCAUUUAUUCUAUUUGGAUGUUGCUGCAUAUUUUCUGGAUUAUUUUCCCUUCUUAUUAUACCUGAAACCAAGGGAAAAACUUUAGAAGAAAUCCAAAAAUUGCUUAAGGGUGAAGCAAAGUCGAUUAAACGCGGGUGUGAAGAAUGUACUAAAUUAGAAAAGUGCCAUUUGCUAGAUCAUAUCGUUGGAAAGUCUGAUUACAAUUCUGUUUGAAUGGUGACCAAUAGCAGUAUUCCACAAUGAAUUGAAUUCUAUUAUUUGUGGUAACGUGUAUUAGUAAUAGUAAUAGUUAUGCGAUCUUCCGAAACCAUUAGCUCACCGUAGGGGUUCAAUACGUCGCAUUGGUCAGGAUCUUAGGUGUAAAGGUGUAAAAUAGAUAGUAUGCAGUAUUUUAUAUGUUAAACUGUACUGUUAAAAUGACUGAAAUACAGAUUUAUGAAACCCG